UCGACGUACACAGUGAAGCUGGUGAAUCCCGACGGCGAGCAGGUCGUCGAGUACGACCCGUCGGGCGGGGACUUCCUCCUCGACUACCUCGACGAGCUCGACAAUGCCGACGACUACGCCGAUCUUCCGUACGCCUGCCGCGCGGGCUCGUGCAGCGCCUGCGCAGGGAAGCUCGUCUCGGGCACGAUGGACACCUCCGCGUGCGGCUUCCUCUCGGAGGAGCAGAAGGCCGCCGGCUGGGUCCUCACAUGCACCGCCAAGCCAACCUCGGACUGCGUCAUCGAGACCCACAAGGAGGACGACAUG